AUAUUUGCAGUUCAACAAAAGAUGCUGGGUGCUGCUCGUUAUUGGGUAGACUCUACGGAUCAAAUAUUUCAAACAUGGCCCCAGUUUACUGAACGAUUUUUGAAUGACUUCCCAUGUCUCAGUAACCCGGCAGACGUUCACCUUAAAAUGUCAAAAACGAAUAGAGAUUCCACCGAGUCACCAUCAGAUUAUUUCUACAAGAUGCUCGCUUUGGGUAAAAAGGGUAACCUUGUAGUCGUUGAAAAUGAACCAGCUGCUACAGGCGAGUCGCGAAAGCUCGAACCACGCUAUCGAGGACCAUAUAUCGUCGUCAAGGUCCUUGGAAACGAUCGUUAUGUAAUCGAAGACAUCCCAGGUAUUCAGAUUACAGGACGUAAAUACAGUUCUGUCUAUUCCUCGGAUAAAAUCAAGCCGUGGUGCUCCAACGUCCCUGAGUUGGAUGUUCCCGACGAUGACGAGGAUCGAAUCGAGGACGAUCCGAAUGCAGGAUUGGCCGAGCUGUCACGAGUGUCACGAUCCGGUUCCGAUGGAGAACCAUUAGACAGCAACGGUCUAGCAUCUCGGAGUUAGUUGGCGAAGAGUUGGAGAACGAGAACGACAAGCAACGCCAGCUCCGCGAGAACGACAUUUUCGCAAACGUAUUAAUCAAAUAACGCACAUAUAUCUGUAUCCAUUAAUAUUCUAUAAUCGAGUUGUUCAUCAUUAAAGUACA